CGCCUGCGGCGUCCCGCCACUUUCAGGCCCUUACCAGGGUUUAUACACUUGACGGCGUCGGUGGUGGCGACGAUCGAGCGCGCCCCCGCGGCACAUCCGGGUGCCGGCACGGAAGGCGCAGGCUCGCCAGCGCGCGGCCGCGGCUUUGCAUUUCCGUGUGAGCUGGCGACUGGAGGAGGAGUGUGCCCGUGGGGUUUGCGCUCGCCGCGGAGGCAGGGGCACAUAUGAUAUCGGAGGAGUAGGGGCAGAUCGCGUGCCCCGCUGGAUCUCGGUGACACUAAAGGUCUGGAAGCGACUCGCGUCGCGGGCGCGGAGCUCGGCGAGAACCUGCUGAGAUGUUUGUCACAACAGGGAGAGUCCGCCGUGACUCCGGACUCAGCUGCCCUGACAUGUGAGGGAUCUGCAGCGAGCGAGAGUGUGUGUGUGUGAGUGAGAGUGUGUGUGUGGAAGGACAGCAUCGACACGGCGCGUCCGCGCGUCUCCGCCUCCAUCGCGUUCACAGCUGGGCUCGGCUGGGGUCCACGCGAGGAGAGGACUCUGCUGGGUUGAGGAGGAGGGGAGUGUUGCUGUUGCUGCCCCUGCCUGCUCAUUUUUGGUGUCAAGGAGGAGGAUGAAGAAGUUCAACAUCAGGAAGGUGCUGGACGGCCUGACAGCCGGGACCUCUUCCUCCGCCUCCUGCGCGUCCCCGCAGCCCGGCCACAAGGAGGGCGAACCGGUGCCCGAGUCGCUCCAGUCCGAGCACUUCCAACUCUGCAAGACGGUCCGACAUGGAUUCCCCUAUCAGCCGUCCGCCAUGGCCUUUGACCCCGUGCAGAAAAUACUGGCCAUCGGGACCCAGAGCGGAGCUUUACGGCUCUUCGGUCAACCAGGCGUUGAAUGUUACUGUCAGCAUGAGAGCGGUGCCGCUGUGAUCCAACUCCAGUUCCUCAUCAACGAGGGGGCACUGGUGAGCGCCUUGACUGAUGACAGCAUCCACCUAUGGAACCUAAGGCAGAAGCGGCCUGCUGUUCUUCACUCUCUCAAGUUCAACAGGGAGAGGAUAACGUUUUGCCACCUGCCCUUCCAGAGCAAGUGGUUGUACGUGGGCACAGAAAGAGGGAACAUCUACAUCGUCAAUGUGGAGUCCUUCACUCUCUCAGGCUACGUCAUCAUGUGGAACAAAGCCAUCGAACUGUCAUCCAAGACCCAUCCUGGUCCUGUGGUCCAUAUCAGUGAUAACCCCAUGGAUGAGGGAAAGCUUACAAUUGGAUUUGAGUGUGGAAUAGUGGUCCUGUGGGAUCUGAAAUCCAAAAAGGCUGACUAUCGCUACAAUUAUGACGAGGCGAUACACUCUGUUGCCUGGCACCACGAAGGAAAGCAGUUUGUCUGUAGCCAUUCUGAUGGCUCUCUGACCAUAUGGAAUGUGAAAUCCCCUGCCAAACCUGCGCACAUCAUCACGCCGCACGGGAAGCAGCCCAAAGAUGGAAAGAAGCCAGAACCAUGCAAACCUAUCCUGAAAGUAGAGUACAAAACAACAAGAAGCAGCGACCCAUUCAUGAUCCUCUCAGGGGGUCUUUCCUACGACACCGUGGGGAGAAGACCGUGUUUGACCGUCAUGCACGGGAAGAGCACAGCCGUUCUCGAAAUGGACUACCCCAUUGUGGACUUCCUUACCCUGUGUGAAACGCCGUAUCCCAAUGAUUUUCAGGAACCAUACGCUGUGGUGGUGCUUCUAGAAAAGGAUUUAGUUGUUAUUGACCUUGCACAAAACGGCUAUCCAAUCUUUGAGAACCCUUAUCCUCUGACUAUCCAUGAAUCCCCCGUGACGUGCUGCGAGUACUUUGCUGACUGUCCAGGGGACCUUAUACCUGCACUUUACACUGUUGGAUCCAGGCAAAAGUGCCAGGUCUACAGCAAGAAGGAGUGGCCUAUAAAUGGUGGUAACUGGGGACAAGGCACACAGAGCUACCCAGAGAUAAUCAUGACAGGGCAUGCAGAUGGGUCUGUGAAAUUUUGGGAUGCUUCUGCAAUGAUGCUUCAAGUACUGUACAAGCUGAAGACAGCCAAGGUCUUUGAGAAGCCACGGAGUAAAGAGGACAAGCCCAACGUGGAGACCCCGGAUGAAGACCCCUUUGCCAUCCAGGCCAUGUCCUUGUGCCUCGAGAGUCGGAUGCUUUGCAUUGCCGGGGUCUCUGCACACAUCAUAAUCUAUAAAUUCAGCCAACAGGAAGUCACGUCAGAGGCAGUGCAGCUCCUGGAAGUCAGGCUGAUGUCCGAGCCAAACGAUGUGGUAUCUCCGGACGCAGGAGGGGAACCAGCAGCAGCGCCUACCACCCCGACGGUGACCUGUAAUCCCCAGAACAACCCGGAAUCCCAGCCACCCAUCGACAACAGCCCUUCAGAUGCGACUCGGGACCACAUACCAUGCCUAAGGGUGCGGAAUUCUCUGGCGAGGCAGUCCCCAGGGUAUCAGGUGGAACUGGUAGUUCAGCUGGCCUGGGUCGGUGGGGAGCCGCCACAACAGAUUACCAGCCUGGCCAUCAACUCGUCGUACAGCCUGGUGGUUUUCGGUAAUAACAACGGCCUUGCGAUCGUGGACUACCUUCAGAAGACGGUUGUCCUCAACAUGGGGACGCAGGAGCUGUAUGGUUCAAGCGACCCCUAUCAGAGGCAGCCGCGGUCUCCUCGCAAGUCAAGACAGCCCUCUGGAGGUCUCUGUGAGAUUAAUGAGGGGUCGACCACUUCUGAGGAUCGAUGCAAGUCGCCAACUUCAGGGUGUCCCACACCUUGCAAUUGUGACGCUCACCAUAAACAGCAUAACUUUAUAGAAAAGGUGAAAGCCAAAAGCCGAAUGUUUACCAAGGCGGUAGUCAGUGAUUUAGCAAAGAUGUCACGGAAAUUAAGCUUGCCUACCGAGCUGAAGCCUGACAUGGACACCCGGGACAACUCGUUCAGCCGCAGCUCCAGCAUCACGAGCAUUGACCGCGAGUCCAGAGAAGCCAUCGCCUUCUUCCACUUCUGCGAGACACCGACGCGCAGGGCUGAGGGAGGUGGAGCCGCAGCUACACCUGGCCUGUGGGUGGGCACAACUUUCGGCACAGCAUUACUGAUGGCGCUCAAUGUGCCGCUGGCUGGAGAGCAGCGCCUGCUUCAGCCUGUCGCCAUCCUUUCUGGCGGUAUUAUGGUAAGACUCAAAGGGGGUAUCCUGCGAAUGGCCUGCCUGGAUGCCACGGGUGCCCUGCUGCCCCCACCCAGUGAGCCAUGGCAUGAACCCAACACCCCGCAGGACAACGAUGACAAGGAGAGGCCACGGAGGCGGCGACCAGCCUCUACUUCACCACCAGGUUCUCUGGAACAGGGAGAGACUCAGUUUGCUGUGUUCUGCUCGGAAAAGCAGGCUAAGGUGGUGGCACUGCCUUCACAAGCCUGCGCCUUCAAGCACAAUAUCACCGAGACAUCCUUUGUCCUACGCAGCGACGUGGUGCAGAUGAGUGGUGGCUGCUGCAUCGCCUGCUUUUGUGCCAACGGGCAUGUCAUGACUCUUAGUUUGCCAAGCUUGAGACCACUGCUGGAUGUGAAUUACCUUCCCCUGACUGACAUGCGGAUUGCCAGGACCUUCUGUUUCUCCAACCACGGACAGGCGCUAUUCCUCACCUCCCCCACUGAGAUCCAGCGAAUAACGUACAGCCAGGAGACCUGCGAGAACUUGCAGGAGAUGUUGGGGGAGUUGUUUACACCUGUAGAAACACCAGAAGCUCCGAACAGGGGGUUUUUCAAGGGGCUCUUUGGUGGAGGAGCCCAGUCCCUGGACAGAGAGGACCUCUUUGGGGAGGCUACGGCUGGAAAGGCCUCCCGGACCCUCGCCCAACACAUCCCUGGCCCUGGCGGUAUCGAAGGCAUGAAAGGUGCAGCCUCGGGUGUUGUUGGAGAGCUGGCGCGUGCCAGGAUUGCACUGGAUGAAAGAGGGCAGAAGCUGGGCGAGUUGGAGGAGCGGACGGCUGCCAUGAUGGCCAGCGCGGAGUCAUUCUCCAAGCAUGCCCACGAUAUGAUGCUGAAGUACAAAGACAAGAAGUGGUAUCAGCUUUGAUUCUGGCGUUCAACCAAACGAGACUUUAUACAUAUCUUCAUGAUCGAGACCCUGCCCCUUUCACAUCCCUCUGCCAUUUACACCGCUUCCCACCUUACUGGGGGUCAGAGUAUCCUUUAUAGAUUGUCUCCCUUCCACAGUACAAUGCUAUCUUUUUUUUUUUUUUUUUUUUUUUUUGUGUACCUCAGUCUUGUGGCUUUAAUUCAGAAGCAGGUUGAAGGGAACUCAAGAACACAAGGGAAAGCUUUUCCAUGAUAUGUUCCUCUUCUGCCGCCAAUUAGUGUCUGAAUUUCGUUGGAGGAAGAACUGGUGAACAGCACAGGAGGCCAACGUGGACACGGGAAAAGGGGCCGAUGUUUCGGUGCUGUGUUUACGCUCAGAUUGACUCGCGAUCUGUCCGUCACGGUUUCACCCACACGAGCAACCAAGUUGCUCAACUUUUAUAUGUAAAUGUAAAUAAAUCACGCAUUCCUGAGUCUGAUGCUGAACGAAAGGAGUGCUACCUUCAGAAAGAAGUCUUUCCGUUUCAGGACAAGUUUCACGGUAGCAUCACCUUUCCAAAUGCAACAAGAGGAGUUAAAACAGUUUAAAAGUACAUUAUAUUGCUUGCUUUGGUUAAAGUGCUCUUUGUAUUCCUUCCUUUCUACAUGUUUCAUUUCUCAUUUACUUUAUAGCCAUCGUCAAUUCGGUCAGUUUUAUUACAACAUAAAAAUUGAGCUUAUCUGUAUAAUGAAGCAUAAACCACCAUC